ACGAGAGGUGGUCUUAGAAUAAGAGAUGUCUAAAAUGUUACCAUCUUUUAAGCUAAUCAAAUCCUAAGGUAUCAGGUGGAAAUUUCAAAGUUGUAAGUGGGCUGGGCCUUUUGUUUGAAAAGGCCUAUAACGAAGCUAAAAGUAUCUUAAAACCCAGCCCAAUAAAACUGCAAAACCCUAAACACGAACAUUGACAUAUAAGAACCCGCCUCCUUCAUCUUUAGGGUUACUACGGGAGAGAAGACGAAACACCAAAAGAUGCAGAUCUUCGUGAAAACCUUGACCGGCAAGACCAUCACUCUCGAGGUCGAGAGCAGCGACACCAUCGACAAUGUCAAGGCCAAGAUCCAAGACAAAGAAGGAAUCCCUCCGGAUCAGCAGAGAUUGAUCUUCGCCGGAAAACAGCUCGAAGAUGGCCGUACUUUGGCUGACUACAACAUCCAGAAAGAAUCCACACUUCAUCUUGUGUUGAGGCUUAGAGGAGGUAUCAUUGAGCCUUCAUUGAUGAUGUUGGCUCGUAAGUACAACCAGGACAAGAUGAUUUGCCGCAAGUGCUAUGCUCGUCUUCACCCAAGGGCUGUCAACUGCAGGAAGAAGAAGUGUGGUCACAGCAACCAGUUGAGGCCUAAGAAGAAGAUCAAGUAGAGAUCAAGAAUCCUAUCUCUUGCUUGCUUCUGUUUGUUGUCUUCCCUUUGAUAGGGUUUGCUUUUUUUGUUUCAGUGAAUUUCUAUGUUAAAAGAUAAUAUCAGUAAAAGGAUUUGGUUUUCUAUUUAUCCCGUAUCGAUUAUUGGAGAUUCUUGCUUAA